AACGCAGUAACACCUCUAGCUCUGUGUUUAAGCCGAUAUCAUCAGCAAUAGUAGGCCCAACGGAGAAACUUAACAACAUCACAAAUAAUAGUGUUAGUAGCUCCAGCGCUGUUGAUAAAGCUGCUGUUGAACCAAGCUCUGCAGAUAAAGCUGUUCAAGAACUUGUUGAUAAAGCUGCGUCAGAACCAGUUGACAAAGCUCCUCCAGAAGUAGUGGACAAGGUUGUACAAGAAUUACCUCGUCCUGCUCAGGUUGUGCAAGUCAUUCCACCGAGGAAGGCCAACUCAGAUGGAGGGAAAAAUCUUGCGAAAGGUGUCUUGACAAGCCGUCUGUACGAUGCUGGACAUGACAUCCCAAACAUAGAGCUGUGUCCUGACUUAGGUGCCUCUUUACAAUUUUUAGUUUUAAUUAUGUCUGCUCCCACACAUGCUGAAGCCCGAAUGGCCAUCAGGCAGACUUGGGGUCACUACGCUCAGCGGAAAGACAUUGGGAUGAGUUUUGUUUUAGGCCGGGCAAAAACGCCCGAGCUAACUUCUUCCAUACAGUCGGAGUCUGAUUUGUAUGGGGAUAUCAUCGGGUCUAGGUUCAUGGACUCGUAUGACAAUCUCACUCUUAAAACCACCUCUAUGAUGGAAUGGGUAGAUAGCUACUGUCCAAAAGUGAAAUUCAUUUUGAAGACUGAUGAUGAUAUGUUCAUAAACAUUCCUAAAUUAAUUAGUUUUGUCGAAGCACGGAGUAAAUUCAAGCGAACAAUUUUUGGGAGGUUAGCAAAGAAAUGGCGACCCAUAAGAAAAGUAUCGAGUAAAUAUUAUGUAUCCACGCAGCAGUAUGCACCUCCCGUCUUCCCAGACUUCACAACAGGGCCAGCAUAUUUAUUAACGGGUGAUAUUGUUCAUGAAUUGUAUGUGAAAGCUUUAAAUAUGACAUAUCUUAAAUUAGAGGACGUUUUCACCACAGGCGUUGUUGCUCAAGCGAUCAAAGUGAAACGAGUCCAUGCAAAUGAGUUCCUCAACAAAAGAAUAGCAUUUAGUAUGUGUAACUUAAAAAAGUCUAUUAGUAUACAUAUGGUCAAGUAUCAUGAGCAAUUCGAUUUGUGGAAGAAGCUUCUUGAUGGCCGCCAGAAGUGUGGAUGAGUCACACAGAGAAUAGCCAACAAGAAUAUCAAACGAUCAACAUGAGGUCAUGAUGUGUGUUGUGUAGCCACUUUUAACGGCACCAUUUCAUGUCCCAUUCCUUUUAUUGUCUGUGAUUUUGUUUCGGGCGUAACCCGUGUCUCUUUGGGUAUCGAUUUUCUUAAGUGGGCUGCUCCGAAGGGACGGAGUAAAAAAUACACCCAAAUUCUACCAAAUUGAAUCUCUUUAAGGCAAGGGUGUGCCUUUCUUUAAUCCUAAUUUGUAAAUCACCUCUCAGAAGUUCAUUCAGAUGUAAAUUUUCUUAAAUUUCAAUCUUAACAGGUUGGUCAUCACUCAUUGUUAUCAAGCACAUAUCUGUACUUUCAGAUUGGUUAAAAGAUACAAGAGGCAUACAUAACGUUCUCUACUAGUAGAUGAGGAACUAUUAAAGCACCACAACAAGAGUCUGCUCAUCAAAAUCUCUGAUUCUUAGUGUACUUUCUGAUACACCAUACAGUAAUUAUCUACUAGUGUUGUCCCUUGGUUUUCCAUCUUCCAGAAGUAAAGAAAAUUCUGUCCCAGAAAAACCAGGAUUUUCAUCAAAUUUAAAUCAUUCAAGUUAUAAUAAUAUGCAUUUGAAAGGUAUGAAAUUUGUAAACGACAAACAAUGAACAACAAAAAAGUUGCACCCUUGCCUUGAAUGCUCUUCUUUUCUUUCCAAGAGACUUAGUGUAUAAAUUAUGUUUUAAGAUUUAUGAUUUACAAGUAGGUUUCGUCAAUGAAAGUUUUAGGUCUGAUAACGUGUAUUUGAAGAAUAUUUAGGAUUUAUACAAUUUUAAAGGCUGAUUCAAAAUUAGCCUCUGUUUCUAUUUGAAGCGGUCAUUUGGGUGCUAAAUUAAGGGAGAUCGAACAAAGUUUAGUUGAACUUUUAAUUCAAAGGUGUGUAGGCUUUUUUGUUUUUUUAAAUAAUUUUGCCAUUUUAAAAAAUUGAAUCUUUUCUUUUUGGUAUUGUUUGGCGGGUAAGUGAAUUUUUUUUGCACAAAAAACAUACCGUUGCACGAAGCACAAAAAAAAGACAUUCGUAUAUUUAUCUUAUAUUUUAGCUCUGGAAUUGGUUGCAGAACUCUCGUAAGUUUGAUUGUUGACUCAACCUCUGAUUGUUCCUAUGAAUAAGUUAGUUUAUGCAAAGAAUCAUAUCUAUAAAAUUGAAGAAUGAUUUCUCCAAGGUUUAAGCUUCAGUUCUGUAGUCCAUAUUGAAUGACUGCUAUGAAUGAUGAAAUGAAUUAUUGGUAUGAUCCAGUAUUAUACAAAAAGAUCUUGAUCUUAUUACAUUAUGGGAAACGUGCAAUAUAUUAUAUCAACAAACUAAGAAAAUCUAAUAUUUGAUAACUCUUUAAAUUUAGUUCUAACAUUAUUAUCGCAUAAUAACUGUUUUUAGAUAAUUUUUUUUUUUUUUUUUUUUUUUCUGGCCUUUAUAUUUAAAAUAAAGAAAGAAUAUUAGAUUUGCUUGUCAUGAAGGUAAUCAGUUAGAUUUAGUUUCUAUUACGUUCAUACAGCAACUGCAACUCAAAUUAAAGAGCACUCAAAAUUUGAAGGUCAUUCCUUAUAAAUAUUGAAAUUGUGAGAUUGUAAAAUAAGAAUAGCAAUGCUUUCUAUGAAAUGUAAAGUGUGCUCUGCAAGUAUGCGUUUCCUGUGGAUGCCACCUUAUUUAUUUAAAUGAUCAAAGUAUAAUUAAAAAAUCACAAGUAAAAAGCACAGAGUACAAUAGAGUCGCAAUGUACUGGAGCGCUGAUGAAGUCAAUCCAUGAAUGGGCCAUCAACCUCUUGUUCGACGGAAAGUGGGAACCAUCUGGGAACCGUUCGGCAUUUUUUAACCUGAGUGGUUUUUGGGAUUUAUUCAUUUGAAUCAAUCAUUAUUUCGGCGAAUUUUGGCAAAUUGUGUUCACCGAAGACACAAAAAAUUCAAAAAUGUACAAUGGUUUUUAUGAAAUAAAUUUUAUACCUGUAAUUUCUGAGGGAAGACUGGAGCUGGGACCCGCAUACGGCAUUGCCAGUCGCCGCACACUAGUCUCAGGAGUACUGGACAAAACAGCCUCAAAAAGUGACUUCUUCGGCGCUCCAGAACAUUGCGACUCUAUUGUACUCUAUGGUAAAAAAGUACCAAUUUGGUAUUUUUUUAAAGGUUUGUAAAGAGCCACAAGUUGUUAACCCUCUGUGUUUUGUAGAUGAUGAUGAACGGUAUAAGAACUAUAAGUUGCCUAAUCCUACGUUCCGCCAGUGGUGAGUCUCGAACCUCACCAGGAGCAGAAUUUAAAUUAAGACAAAUAUUUUUAGGAAGUCUGUGGUUUCCAUGGUUUCUUCUGGGACUUAAUUGUUUUCGGGUUUUUUUUUUCCAAAUUCAGUAGGAUGUGUCUAGAUUAAACCCUAGGCAUCUUUCAAGUGAGCUUCAAUGAAAAUUUCAGCCUUGUACCCUUUUAUUUCAAAAAAUCCCUUGCUCAGGUUAUUUUCAGGUUUGGAGGCUAGGAUGAAAAAAACCCACCCCCUGCCUGCUUAUUGAAGUGACUGAAAAAUAUCAUCGUCCUCUUUUAUUCAUCACCAGUGAUAUUGGCCUGUCACUCAAUACUUUUUCAAACUAUUUCAUCUGAAGUAAAUCAAGUAAAGUGAAAUUUCUCAGUAGAAAUAUAACAGCUCAAGCUUAACUUUUAAUGAUAAUGAUGAAAGUGUGAAAUAUAGGCAUUAAAUGUAGACAACGAAUGAUUCUCUGGUAAAAAUCAGCAAUAAUGGACCAUUUGAUUUGUCCAGUUCCUCAAGUGUCCUUUUUUUCUAGGGUUAAUGGCUUGUUCAUAGGGGCACCAUCAUGCAGCUUCUGAAAGAAUUUACGUCGAAGAAUGUUUCUAAUAUUAAAUUUUGCAAGAGAUUCUUUUCCAUUCUGAUAGGUCUAAAAUCAAAUGAAAUGUGUUAUGCAUGUUACUUGUUAUGAUUACUUCUUUCCCUAAAAUUUUUUUUACAAGUCGCAUCUAGAGGUGUACCUUUUUCAAGAAGUAAUCUUAUCAUUCUUUUUACUUUACAACUUGCAAUAAAUUUCAUUAAUUUCUGUUCAAUUCGCUCAAAUGAUAGCAAAUCAAACGAAGGAAGAAACGGGUCCAUGAUUGUUGUAGAAUUUCACUUUUAUUCUGAAUUUUUGACGUUUCAUCAGCGCCCUAGAAUCGGUGCUUUCUUUCAAUAUAUUUACUAUUACCAGACUCUGUAGCUUUUAGUAUUUCACACGUCAAUGGUGAAACUCCCAAAUGACGUAUCUUGGUUUGAGACGUUGCAAACUGCCUGUCAUACUUUACAGCAGCUUGUCUUUUUUUUUCUUUCUCUCUUUCUGCAUGUUCACUUUGAACAAGAUUCAAGCUUACCUGAGAAGUAUUACGGAUUGUAUAUCUGACUAAUUGUAAGUAUGUUCCUCAUUUUUAAAGAACAAACAGCUCAAUAUUCAGCGAUCAACCUGCACUUGUUGUUCUCAUUAUAUGUAGAAGAACCCCUUAGUUUGAGAUCUGAAACAAGUAGGUAAAAUUAGAGAAGCUGGAUUAAAUUAUCUGAAGACAUGAUUUUUUCCUAAAUAAUCACCAUAAUCACGAUCAUUCAAGCGCUGUUUGUUUUUAAUUACACAUUCAGCUCUGAGCUCUCCCGAUCAAUUUGAAAGUAAUCUCAACCACAAUCUCAAUUAUUUUAAGUAUCUUGAUUACUUCAUAUUUUUAUUUUUGUGCUCUUAUUAUCAAUCAGUAUUUGAAAAAUUUUGAGGGAGGCAUCUGAUUUUAGUUCUAUCUCUGAUAAACUCAGAAAUCUGAUUUUCCUAGCUCCAAUUUGGAAGGCUCCCCCAAAUUUUGCUACGUUUAAAAAUGUUCAAUCACUCACAAGCUUAGUUUAGCCUGAUAGUUAAUUAUUUUAAAAUACCGGACUAAGUUUCACAACAAAGGAGCUGUAAGUGUUGCAGUAAGUACCUACAUCCAAAGCCAGUUUGAUAGGUUCAAGUUGAAAAUCGGAAUUCAAAAGAUCAAUUGAGACGGAUUCAGUUGCAAGGAGCACUUAAUUGCCUAAUUUUCUCUGAAGCUCCAUUUUUCAAACAGAAAACUAAGCGACACUGAAAUUCAAAAUCCUCCACAAUUUAGGAUAAAUUCACUGAAAGUUUAAAGGCCUUACAUAGUUUAGUUCUCUGUUAAAAAGAAAAAAAAACUUGAGAAAAAUUAGACAACGUGAAAGGCAGUUAGGCUAACUCCGAACUCAUACAUGAUUUUAUUAAUGAUAAAUUUGAAGUUACGCGUUAAAUUAUACCCUGAAGAGGGAAGGGGCUAGACCCUCCAAAAGUUGUGAGUUUUUACUUUCGAUUCCGAUUUUAUUUAAAAUUGAAGUGAGUCUUAUAUACUCUAGAAACCAUUGUACACAGUGAAAAAUGCUGAAUUCACUUUGAAUUCAUGAUAAAAUGAAAAAUUCUCUCAUGCUUUGAUACUGUAUCAAGAGUAUUUAUUGGUAACGGUAUAAUUUUAAUCAAAGUCUCAUCGUAUCAAAUUAGUUACCUGUCUGUUUUUUUAGUUACUUAAUAUUUACUUAAAGAGAUCAAAAGUCAUGGCAGACUGACAAGAUGCUUUAUUGUGUGACAUGGUGUGUAUGAGUAGAAUAAUUAGCAUUAUUGCAAAUUUAAUCUGUAAAGGAGGUACUUUUUAGUUACUUAACUCUCCCAUGUUUGAUUCAUAAAACCAUUAUAAUUAUCAGCUAUACUAUUUCUUUUAUACUAAAGUUCUUCUCCACGCACAAGUUAUGACUUCAACCUCAUAAAUUACCUUGACUUGCGCAGCUGGCCAUUACAAACGCCAGCUUCAAUUUGUGCUUGGAGAAAAACCUCUAGUUUGAGCACGCACUCCACAAACAAAUUAAUGAACAAAUAAUGAGAGAAGUCACCUUUUUAAUUUAAAUUUGUAUUAAAACCUGAGUCUCUCUUCUAUCAUAAUCAUGUAUGGUUUUGUUACUUUGUUAAUUUACGCAGUACAAACUUUUACAGGAUCCAGUGCUAACAUCUCAAUUGAUUAAGAAUUCUAGUUUCUACUUAAUUGUAUGCAACUAUAUUUUAUAAGGUAUGUGCAGGGCGUUUUGAGAAAAACCUUAUAGCCACACAAUUCUUUCCUCUUUCACAUAAGGUUUUCAAUGAGUAGAUAGAGGCUUAAAAAAUUUCGAAAUUUCACAAACAAGAUGGAAUUAGAAGCACAGCUUUGUUUUUUAUGGGUUUGGAUUUAUCUCUCUUUAAGUAUUGACUCAGUUUUUGUGGAUCAUUGAAUAAUCUGUAUUUCGCUUAGUUAAGACAAAUAUUGCCAUUUACUGUUCUAUAAUAGCCUUUGUUUAAUCUAUCUAUUUAUUUAUUUAUUUUAUUUAUUAUCUAUUCUCUGUUUUAAAACUGUAAUUCACACCAUGAAUUGGAAAAACUCAUGUAUAAUGCAGCACUCCUCUUGGAAAUUAUUGAAUGGUGAAAGCUGCAAAAAAUUUUGAAUUUACAUGUUUUUAUCUUUAUCUGGACUUAUUCUUAUGUAGAGCAAUUUUUAUUUAGAGUUCAAUCGUUCUCAGAGCUCGUAAUCAUAUUAAUUUUCUGUGCAUAAUAAAAUCAAAACAAUUCUAAAGCAUUGGUAUGUUUUAUGAAGUUGCAAGUUUUUUGUGUCCAGAUUGAUAAUAAUAAUAAUAAUAAUAAUAAAAAAACCUUCCUAAUUUGCAUAAAAAAUGUUACAAUUUAAGUGAAUUGUCUGCAUAAAAGCAAUUUUAUUCUCAAAGAAAUAAGUUCAAAUGCAAUCAAUUUUAAAAAAAUGUUUAUCCAUUUACCAGAGGCUAUCAUGUUCGAAAAUUUAGUUAAUUCACUGUAAGACAUUUUUAUAAUUUAGUGUCACAAUAUCUAUAUUCAAAUAAGUUUCAAAGGAAAAAGACAAAAUAUGAUUUCCAUGAAGACAUUGUCAGGUCCUCUAUGACUGAAUAAAGCUGUCAGGGUCUAACCAAAAUUUACGGAGUAGGUUAGAGUGAGAAUUUGGUAAGGUAACAAGUAGAAAAUUCAAAUAAUUUUCUCCGUUUGAAGUAAUUAAUUUAUAGCAUUGUGUCUGAAUGUGCAACUUGAUCUGUUCAAAACAAUCAAGUAAGUUUUGAAUUGAUUUUGUUAUUUUUUAUAGUAUUUACUAAUGUUAUUUUUAUAUUGAUUUUGUAAAAUUUAUGUAAAUAUGUAUGAUAUCUACUCUAGUUCAGGCAUGUACACAAACUGUAAGUAAAUCGAAACCUGAAUAAAUUACUGUGAAAACAGAGAGAACUUUUACCAAUUACAA